GCCGGGGCUCCGGGCCGGGGUGACAGCGCGGCUGCCGCCGCCGCCGCCCGCCCCACCCGCAUGGAGGGCGGCGGGGAGGCGCUGCCCGCCGACCUGCGGGAGCUGGCCAGCAAGGUGGGCCGGCGGCCUCCCGCCGGACUGUUGCGGGGGCUGCGGGCCGACAACCCCCCCGCACCGCCCGCACCGCCGCCGCCGGCGCCACCGGCCCGCGGCUCCCGACCGCCCCUCGCCGACCGCCUCCGGGCGCUCCGCCUCGAGCUGGCUUAUCUGCGAGCGGUCGAUGUGAAGAUACUGCAGCAGCUGGUGGUGGUGAACGAGGGCAUCGAGGCGGUGAAGUGGCUGCUGGAGGAGAGGAGCACGCUGACCAGCCGCUGCAGCAGCCUGGCCAGCAGCCAGUACAGCCUGGUGGAGAGCCAGGCGGCCUCACGGCGGGGCAGCUGGGACAGCCUGCAGGACCCCAACGACAGGCUGGACAGCAUCUCCGUCGGUAGCUACCUGGACACGUUGGCCGAUGACAUGGAUGAGUAUUCCCAAAACGCCACCGAAACCACUGGCGUACCCACACCGGGCAGAGCCCUGGUCAGGGCAGAGCAGGAUUGGGUGAGGAUUGACCCCGAGAGGGGUCUUGCAAAGCAAGAGAAAGGCAAAGCGGAGCACGAGUGGCCCCACGUGGACAUCUCCCCACCUGGGAUGCCCCAGGAUCACCGGUUUGCUAAGGAGCCCCAGGUGGCCAACGGGUAUUUGGGCCAGCAACCCUCUUCUCCGGAACCAGGCAGAGACACCAAAUUGCCAUCGGGGGCCGGGGAGAAGCCGGGAAAGGGGAAUCCAGGCGGGAAGGCUCGGAAAGCUGAGGCUGACUUCGAGAACUGCAAACUCAACAGCAAAGUGCACCUGGAGUACGAUGCCCACUGGCGCUGGCUCCAGUCUCAGGAUGAUGUGACGUUCUUGUAGCCCGUGGCUUCGCCUUCCCAGUCCAGCUCUCCCAACUGCCCGCUCUGCUUCACUUGUCUCCGUUGGGAGAGCUGAGGUGGUUGGAGAUGGGGGGAGGACAGGCUGGCUUGGUGGUGUUGCACUGUUCCUCUAACCCCCUCAUCAGUGAUGCAGCCCUACAGGAUGGGGUUCCCACCCUGUGGCAAAUUUCUGAGAGAGGUGGGAUGAGGUGGGUUCCUGUAAAUUUAAUCCUUUGCUCUGGGGUGGUGCUUGCAGGUGACUGGUCACCGCUUUGUGGUACUUGAUGUUGGUGGUGGGGAAGGGUUGGUGGGGAAAGCUGGGACAGUGGGACUCCUGGGACCUCUCCCCUCUAAUCCUCAGCCUCCCAUCUGCAAAAACUGGGGACCUUUCCCCCAAACCAGCUACCCAGAGAGGACAGGAGGUGCUCCCAUGCAUCCAUAGCUUGGUGGCACCAGCAUGUGGAUUGCAAGGUGUGGGGCAGGACCAUCAGCAGGACAUCCCUGUUGAAUGUGCUCAUUUCCAUCAUCACCUUCAAGGCCAGUGUCCAUCCAGGGUAGAGCUGACCUGGGGAACCUGGGGUUUGACCACAGCGCAUGGUGGAUCCUAAAACCCCCUACCCUGAGGGUGAAGCCCUGCCUGGAUUAAACAUCUCUGAUCUGAAGCGUGAUCAGGGUGUAGCUGCUCCUGUUGGGUUGUGGGGCCCUUGUCUGUGCCCUGUGGAGGAAAGAUGACAGUGCAGACUUCCCUUCCUGAUGUGAUUACGUGAGAAGGGCAAAGCACUGGGCAGGAGAUGGAGAUCCAGUUCUCCCAGUUUGUUUCUGGACUGUCUUCCACCUUGGGACCAGGUCCUGCAGAAACCCCAGGAUGUGGCAGCGUACAGGCAGCCUGGCAGAGCCUGCGGGGCUCGGACUCAGAAAGGCUUGUGCUUUCCCUUGACGCAGUGUGAUGGCUGGGAUUCUCCAUCGGUGUGAUGAGUGGUGCCACGUCUCUGCCUACUACCAGCAAACAGAAACAAUGAGGCUCCUAUGCUGGAGUGGAUUUGCAGCAACCCUGCCCUGGAGACAUCUCCUCUGUCCUUUUAGCCUUGGCUUCUGCCUGUGCCUUCUACUGUCCACCCACCAUGCCUCCCAGCACACCCCUCACUGGCUUGUAGGGCAUGGCUUGCAGUUGGAGCUGUGCGCGAGCUUGGGCAGGACCUGCUGCCUUUGCCUUGCCAGGGAUGGACCUCAGCAUCCCGCAGUCCCCUGCUUCAAGGAGAGGGGCUCUUCCACACUUGUGGACAAACCUGGAGGGUCCUGGCUUCACAACCAUGGGUAUGUCUGUCCCCAGCCUGUGACAGCUUUGCUCUCAGCACGGUGCUGUUGUUCCCCUGCCUGCAUGGGUUGCAGCCUGGCUCUUUCCUUGCUGGGGUGGUGGGAAUGGGGACAACACCUCCUGAGGUCCGUGGGAAGCCAAGAGAGAUGGAAGACCUGGCUGUGACUCUUUCUAGAUGCAAGAUGUCAGCUGGCCGUGGUUAGGAGGGUGGUUGGGUGCAUGACAGGUUCAGCUGUGUGUCUCUGAAGCAGCACCUGCA